AGAAAGAUUAAUUUUAAAAAGUAAGGCAGUCUUACUACAAGCGCCACCGUACAUCAUUAUCCAGAAUCAACCAUUAUUUACAAUAAUUUUAGUCUUUUUCUGUACUCUUUGUUUCUCUGUUCUCUGGCUUCUCGAAUUAAUAAACAGAGAAACCAGUCCUAUCCAAUUAGUUCAUCUAUAAUCAUGUCUUCAAUUGUCAACCGAAGCCGGAAUAUCCGUAGUGGUAGGUCCGUGAGAGGUAAAGCAAGGAAAGAGACAUUGGACAAAGAUGUUAUCCUUGAUUGGUCUAAAGGACCAAGAGAAAAUUUAAAAACAAUAUUAUCUAGUAUCUGUAUGAAAACCGGCAUAACCAAUGGCCAAAGACUUAGUUAUCUCAAUUUUUUUACCAAAUUUUGUAGCAAAGUGGAUGUCAUAAAUUCAGAGACUGUUGGUUUUUCAGUCGAGGAAAUAUUAUAUUGCCUUCGUGUUACUCUAUUCAUAGAUUCAGCAGAAGUCAGAGCAGCGGGUCUUCGAGCCGUGCGAUAUCUUUUGACCGACAAAGAAUCUGUUGAAGCUUUAUAUAGAAUAAAUUUUCACAUUUUAAUUGCCCGGUCCCUUGAUAUUGAAUUAAAUAACUUAGCAGAACGGAUACAAUGUCUUAGAUUGGUUCGUAAAUUAUUAGCUGUGAAACCUGAAGCUGUACCACCGGCUAUCAUGAGAAGUGUGAUUGCCAUUGCAAGGGACGGGUUCAUUGGACCUGAUGAAGAUUCUAUGUGUCGAGCAUGUAUGGGAUGUCUUGGUGAACUGAUUCUUCUCAAUCCUCUGGUUUGUUGUCAAUCAGGUGGAAUAACCGCUCUAAUCGAUUGUGUUUUAAUGACCCACCAAUCUCUCCAUAUCAGUGAAGCAUUAGUCGGGUGUCUUAUUUUUAUCCUCAAUGAUCCUCGAUUAAGAUGUUACCUGAGAAAAGAUAUUGAUCUACGACAAUUUGUCGCACCUUUUACUGACUGUCAUUACUCAUUACCAUUAUUGGCUUUGAAUACUCAACGGAGAGAUGAUAUUAGUGAAACCAGUGAACAACGAGAAACUCGACUAAAUACUGCCAAAAUAGCUCUUAUUUCUAUCUUACGCUCAUGGCCUGGAAUAAUUUACAUUUGUAAACUGAAUGACAACCCAGAAUCAUUUAACAGUCUUUGUUCUCUGAUUGAGAUGCUUCAUCUUCCCUAUAAGGAUAUUCGUAAACACAUAAUUGAACUUGUCUUUGAAUUAUUUUAUUUAACUGUACCUUCAUGGACCGCAGACUUUAGUGCAGCUCUAGAAUCCUGUAGUUCAUCAGUUAUUCAAGAUAACUGGCAUCUAUAUGAUGGUUUUGUUGCCGCUGAAGGACGGUGUAUCUUACCUCACGUCUCUAAAGAACGAACUAAUUUAAUAGAUAAUUAUCUAUCCCUUCUUUUAUAUACUUUCCUAACCAAUGGUCUUCUCGAUGGUCUAGUCGAUGUUAUUAUUGUUCCCAGUGAUACCGAAAAUUCAGUAAGAGCUAUACUUUUAGUUGGUGAAUUGCUUCAUCUUUCAAGUCAUUUAUUACCUACUGAACUGGCUCAACAAUAUUAUUCUUUACCUAAACUAGUUGAAGCAGCCCUGUCAACAGAUAAUACUCCAGAACAACGUGACAUUGCAAGUCGCGCUAUAAACUGCCUUAAUCGUAUACAUGCGACAAAGAAAAGUCGUACCAUACCUCAUAGUCUUUAUCUCAAUCAAUUAAUUUACUUUUGCAAAGCAUCAUCAUCCAAAGGAUCAUCACUCUCAUUCUUGUCAUCACCAUCGUCAACUUACGAUACCUCUACCUCAAUAGUAAACUCAGCAACCACAACCUCUUUCUAUUCUCAUAAGUCAAGUAAAGCUCAUCAAUCAAAUCAAAGUUUGUCUUUCAAAUUCAAAAAUCGUUCAUCAUCAUUCUAUUCUUUGAACAGUAAUCGUAAAGAAAACGACGAGGCAACUCUGAUAAUCUACAUUCGUGAUAGUCAAGUUUUAAAAAGUGAUCCAAACAAAUGGGACUGGAAUUUGAUUGGGUGCAUUUUAAAAUCGCCAAGUGAUUCAAUAAGAAAAUUGGAUGAUAUAAAUAACCGUAAUUUUGUGAAACAAAUUUUAAAUUACUUUAAACCUACCAGCCAUUUGUUUUCAAAGCUACGAACUGAUGAUGAAAAUGGUUACGAGAUAUCAACGGUCGGCACCUAUCUGAUUGAUUUUUUAUUGGAAUGUGACGAAAUCAAAGUUUCCGAGUACAUUUGGGAACUACUUGGUGAUAUAAGGGAGUGUUUAUCCCAAGUAACCAGUGAGAGCAAUGCUAUGCCCGAUUCUAUUUUGAACUGUACCAAUAUCUUGAGAACUUGGAGUCACACAUAUUUUCUUUUUAUUGGACGUUUCACAGCAACUGCCAAAGGAUCUAAAUUUUUAGAAAAAAUAGGAAUUUAUCAACAAUUAGAAGACCUAGUGGACAACGUAAACAAUGACUGUUAUCUGAAACUGAUUGUCUCCAGUCUUAAUUACUGCCAUUCAGAUAACUUAUCACGUUCCCUUUUUAUUAAAAUUUUAACCUGUAAAAUGGAGUCCGCCCGUUUAUAUGCUACCAAUUACAUUCGAGUUCUUUUACGUGCUGGUUUUAGUGAUUUUCGUAAGUGGGCUCUUGAACUGUUAACUCAACAACUUUCCGAUGAAAGCCAAGCUGUUGUUCUGGCAGCGAUUGAUAUACUUGACGAGGCCUGUGAUUCUAUUGAAAAUUUGGAAGCACUUAUAAGCCUUCAACCAAACUUGCUCCGUGUUGGAGAUCGAGGUCUUCUUCUUCUAAUCCGUUAUCUUUCCAUACCUAAUGGUUUCAAAUUUCUUCGUGAUACCAAUUUUCUUAGCUACGAAAUCGAUCGUUGGCGAAAAUAUUUUAAUCUAAAAUAUGUUAGAAUUGUUGAAAACUCAUUAAAUGAAGCUUUGUCUUAUCAUCAGCGAAAUGAGCACGGAUCAUAUGGACGUCGAAGUGAUAAGAAAACAAAUUACAAGAAAAGUGUCUAUCUGCCGGCUCAUUUAUAUGGUGAAUUAGUUAAACAGGAAGAUGGAUACAAUUUAAUUAUACAGGAAAAUUUUCUUGGACCAAUGCUUGAAACGAUACGAGAUAGUAACAUGAGUACCGAAUUAUCUGUCCUUCAACUGAAAGCAGCUCUCUGGGCAAUAGGAACUGUUGGAUCAUCUCCAACCGGAUUUAAAUUGAUAGCCGAGUCCAAAAUUAUAGAAACCAUUGUUAAAUUAACCCGUGAUUCUCCGGUUUUAUCUAUACGUGGAACUGGCUUUUUUGUUCUCGGAUUACUUGCAACUACUGAUGCUGGAGCAGAUUAUUUGAAAAAUUUCGGCUGGGAAAACGUUCGUUAUAUGGGAAUCUGUCUACCUAUUGAUCUGGAAUUAAUAUUCCACAAAAAGGAUAAAGACGAGAGAAAUGAAGAUGAAGAUGAAAGAGAUCGUAAACCAUCAUCCAAUUUAACCCAAUACCAUCUCGUCAGACAAAAUGAUAAAUAUCAAACUCGGAUCAAUCAUAAACCAAACAUUACCUCUAGUUCUCGUCGAGGAUUAGCUGAUGAAUCUGGAUUUGAAUUUCAUAACUCAACAAACUGUUUACUUUGUUCACACGCCCAGACUCUCAAUAGCAAAGCAAAUCUCUCAUCUCAAGUUAUCAAAGAAACUGAUAAUGAAGUAAAUCAUGAAAAUGAAGAUAACCCUUCAUCCUCCGAAAAAUAUGACAUGCAUAAAAAACAAGCAACACUUCAAGAACCUUAUUUCCCGAGUUGUGCAUCAUCGAGCCCAGAAAUAAGGAAUAACAGUUUACCAAAAAAUUCAAGAGUGGAGUGUAUUGCUGAGAUGAGACGAGAAGUGAUUCGAUCUGUAUCUUAUUUAUUAGGAUGGUUUGAAGUUAUCAAACUUGCUGAACAAAAUUUAUUGAGUUUAAAACAGAAAUAUCCAAUGGCUUUCCAGGACAUCUGCCUUUAUUCCGAAAUCAGCAUUCAGCUCGCAUCUUACAACUUUCGUUUACCAGCUCGACGUUUUUUACAAGAAUUAUUCAUGGAUCUCAAUUACGAACAACUUUUCCCUGACGUUGAAGCAAUGUACGAGAAAAACAAGCCAUUAUUAAGGCAGUUCUUUGAUUACACAUCCUGAUUGAAACUUUAAUCAAUUUGAAAAGAUUUUAACUCACAUGGCAGAGGCAAUAUCCAAGACUGUAACGAGGAUGGAGAGGAAACGAAUAUCAUACUUUAAUCUAAAAUCACCGACACCUAAAUUGUUAACGUAGCCAUCUCAAAUUGUCCGAUUCAUUCAUUAUUUAAGCUAACAACUGAAUUCACGCACACACAUUCGAAAGUCUAAGUCACCAACAAUAUUAUCUCUACCAUCGACUGUAGCAGCAAAAAUUAUUAUUACUGAUCGCAAAGCGGCCCAUCUAUUCGUUCAAAAGUCCAUUAUUUUCCAUGAAUUUUUUGCAAUUAAAAUUGCCACUCUACAACCUACAUUAACGCAAAAAAUUUAAAUAGUGUAAAAAUUAAAUCCUUAACAAAAUCAUAGAGUUAUUCAUAUAUAAAUUAACUAUGUAUGCAAAAAAAAGAAAUUAAUUACUAUGUAAAUCAAUUGCCAUAGAUUAUUUUGUUAACUUAUAAAAAUGAAAAAUAUGUAUUUAGAAACAGCAAAGAAAUGCAAAAUGUCAUGUCAAAAAUAAUGGAACCAAAAUAUCAUUUUUAAUUCACAUUAAUGGUCAUUGUUAAGUUAACUUUUGCUUAUGCAGACCGAGGCCUUCGUUUAAGGCCCCAUUCACCCUUACUACCUCGGUAUUUUACCCACCCAUAGACGCUAUGUUUUAUGCAGCUUAACCAGAGAGUCCAUCAGGAAAGGAGGAUGGGAUAGUCCAGGAAGCUUAUCUCUACAAACUAAAUAUGCUCAAAAUGCCUGAAAAUUAACUUGACUCUGACCCUUUUUUGUUAAUUUAACCCUGACUACUACUGUAUUGAAGAUUCUUAACUACAAAUAAUGAAUCUAUUGAGAAUUUUUAAUGCUUU